UCAUUCGAACAGGAUAAAUUGUAAUCUCCACGCGAUUUUCAUCAUUCUUUUGAUAUACAUGGACCAUGGUGAAAAGCAGGUUCUCUCAUACAAUGGAUUAAAACGAAUGAUGGUUAUCAAGUAGACGAAGACAAACCCCUGUAAAAAGGGUUUAUCGGCAUUCAAAGUUAAUGUUGGAUAUUUGCCUUCGUAGACGUACAGUAUCGUCCACUCCUUGGGAAAUGUUGCCGUCUGAAGGAAAACCGUUUUUCCUGACUUUUGUCAUCAUUCUUCUUUCUCUGGAUAUUAAGCUGGUCCACUCGGCAGCCACAUUUAUCGCUAGUCGAGAAGGAUGGUCGCCUGUAGAGUUCUCCGACGUGACGUUAGACUGUCGAGUGAUCAUUUCAGGUGGAUUUAGCUCCCAAAUUUCAUGUCAAUCAAUCAGCUUCACACACAACGAGACAAUAAUUGAUGGAAGCCCAAGAUAUGUCCGAUCUGGUCCGACAUUUGAUGGUAACAAGGUCAUUUGCACAAUGACAAUACUUGGCGUGGAAUCAGAAGAAUCAGGAUUGUAUGGAUGUUGUUUAGCAGACAAGACAUCAGGAUUGUGCUACAAACAUCCAACCAAAAUACUAAACGUCAUACCCAUUUCCACAACAAGUCCUUCUACAGUUCAAACCACGUUGGAAGUAACAGCAUCGGUCUCAUCUGAUGUUCCUACUACUAUGCCGACAACAGCACUCAUCAAAAGCAUUGCCAGCUCAGUGAAUGUGGUAUACAACAAAAUUACAACCAUAUCAACAAGUAAUUCAUCUUUAUCUAAAUCUGAUAAUACUGCUCAGGUCCAGAACACACCCAGUUUACUUCAUAAAACUAUCUGGCCAGCGUUUCUAGUCGCAUCAUUGAGUAUUGUGAUUUUGGUUAUUCUUGGAGUGCGUCACUUUCGGAAGAAACCGACCGAAGACUCUUUACCAGAAAAUGUAUCAGACGCAACGCAGUACAGUUCAAUUACCACUGGUAAAGAUGUCGAAAAUGGAUGAUUUUAACAUCACUCUCUCAACCUGUAAUAUGAGAUCAGCAACUAAAUAUGUCUUUCACAAAUCUUUCAUCAGAUUGUUGGAUACAAAUUACUUUUGAAUAGCAACUUUUAAAAAGCCCUAGCUUUUGCGACUGGUGAUGUUUUCGUCGACAAAAUGAAGAAAUAUUCAAGUUUUGUCAUUUGUGUAUGAUGUAAAUAUAAUCUAUGCAGGGAAUGCUAUGAUACCGUCACGACUUUGUAUUGAUAUUAUUUUUCAUUGGUCUAUAAUAAGCUUCACACAUGAUUCAAUAUUAGAAAUAACACCUGAAUAUUUCGCUAUCUCAUCUUUUACAGAUAGGCUAGGGAAUUGAUGUGGUACAAGUGUGUGUGUUUUUAUUUUAUACUUGCUAUUUAGGAAUUUAUUUUUAUCAUUACAGUUAGUGCUUUACUAUACUUACACACAAGUUUCCUUGGACUGUGUGCCCUAUUCGUGUUAAGUAUUAUGCAAAACCAUGUGUGCAAUUACUCUCUCUGAAGAUGUGAAAUACAGUUAAAUUUGUUGUAGUUUCAGGACCGUUUGCAGAUAUUUUUUUCCGGGGGCAGGAUGAGUAUAUUUUUUUUAAUUGAAAGCGAGCAAACGAAACGACCAAACUUAUUCGUAGGACGCUUUUGCAGUUUGUGGUAAAUUUUGUGCAUACUUUUGGUGAAGUUUGUGAAAAUUUUCGAUCAAAAAUGUAAGUUUUCAAAAAUUUCUGUUGGGCGAUUGCCGCCAACCUGCUGAGUAUACACUGCCAUGUAUAGUUUGCAUAUUUACUUAAGGACAGGUUUUAUACAAGCCCAGUUUUUGCGUCGGUUUUCUGUCACAAUUAUGUCUUUUGGUCUGCCGCAGAGGGGGCUUCAGUAUAUUUAAACAAAAAAUCCUAAGAAGUUACAAGAGAUGGAAAAUAUGUUUAAAAAAUGAAAGUAUUUCUUUCUUUUACUACAUACAAGUGAGCAUUCUGGAAUUAAUUCACUCACACCACACGAAUAGCGUUCUGGAUUUGUCAUGCGAUUCAUGAAGAACGAAAAGAGUGUGAAUCCCUUUAUUGCAGAGAAGGGAGUAAUCACAUGUAAUUUUGUUCAAAUGAACUGGAAUAAAGUUUUAUUAUUGCUGUUCAAUAUUUACGUCCGGAGCAUGCAGCAUUAUCGUCGCCUCAUAGGCUACCACUUAGCCUAGACACAUGAAUAUGAAACUACCGAAAUCCUACCCCCUCAUCCGCCAUCAUUCACGAUCACAACUUCAGCCACUGUCCCUGGCCUGUUUUGGGGUUAAAUCGACAAAAAAGCUCGCGCUUCGCGCCCGUAUACUCUGUUCUUUACUGUCCAGUUUUUAGGUCGGAAUAUCAACAUUUUCACCUCGCGCUUUGUGCUUGCAAUAUUUCUUUUAAAUACCCAUCCUGAUCUUGGUUACAAAGAGUGCUUAGAAUGUCAAGUUCAUCAUCAUUGGUUGAGAAGAUAUGUAUCCUCAUGAGUCACUGCCCGGGUUCACUGCAAACAGUCCUAAACAGAUCUCCUUUCAAUAUAUUCUAAAUUUCAUUUCGCGCUCGCACUACUUGCCUAGUUAGAUACGCAUCUUAAUAAUUUAUCAUGAUUACAAAAUUGCUCAGAAUGUUAGAAUUUCUGGUCUGAUUCUGAAUACACAUUUAAUAAAUCAGAAACUCCGCCAUAAAAAUCCUAGCUAGGGACCAGCCCCAAAACACAACACAACCAUUAUCACAAAAUUUGCUAUAAGAACGAACACUAUCAACAACAAUACAACCAUUAAUAUACUAGUACUACCUUCUUAACCAGCUAUCACCACAUACAUGUAAGUCAAAACCAUUGUGACAACCAUUAUGUACCACCAAAAAAUGCACCAAUACCAAUCCAAGUAGACCACCACCACCAAAACCACCAUAAGUAUUACCAUUACUACCACCAUUACAGCGAACACCACCAUCACAACCAAAGUCAUAAAAAACACACCACCACUGACGGGUGGAUCCAGGAUUUUCCAAAAGGGGGGGGGUGGGCAAAUUUUUGGGAGGAUAAUUUUGACAAGCCCCCCCCC